AAACAUAAAAAUAUUACACACCACCACCUACAAUCAUGGAAGGAGCCGGAGGAAGUAGCAACUCUGAUCCACGAUUUGAGUUUCUGGGAUCGUUUGUGCAGAAAACGCUCAAGUUGAAACCAGAAAAAUGGCACAGAUUAGUUACACUAGAGGAACACAAGGCAGUUCUGAAAGAGUUUUUUGACAAUGCACAAACUGUCGUUAUGAUUAUUAUUCUUACACCAUCUGCACAAUUAAUUCCACUUGUGAGUUUUCCAAUACAACAACUUAAAAAUAAAGGUGUUUACUUUGUUAAGAAGAACCCAAUCGAUGUGCCUCGCGAUGGCUGCAAAGAUGUGCUAGUGGUUGGUGAUCUUGCAACGCGAACCAUCGACCAGCUGUCCUGUCUGGUCGAUGAAGUUUUUGUUCCCCUUCUUUCGAACUCUGACAACCACCUCGGAUGGCCUGAAAUGGUAGCACAAGACGUACAAAAGCAAGUUCACAGUCUUAAGAGCACGGUUUAUCAAGUUCAGGGUCAAGUUAGUGGACAGACCGUUCUACCAAUGCCCGUGGGAGUUGAUAAAUGUGUGCAGACGGCCAAAGAACUGGUUGUCAACUCGGAAUGUUCGAUUAAUCUUUAUCUGAAGAGCGCAAUCGAAGGUGUUGUUAUAAAAUGGGCCACACAAGUAAAUGAUGUCAUGCUGGAGUCUAGUGCAAAUGCAUUCAAUGGCGGUCAAAAUCCUGUUCCACAUUACAGAAAUAACUUUUGGAACAAUCGUCUUAAAAAUCUGACAUACAUUUACGAGCAACUACGCCACGAACGUAUUCGCAGCAUGGCACUAAUUCUAGAAUACACAGAUAGUGCAUACUAUCCCUGCUUUAAAACACUCUUCAAGAACGUUGUAACAGCUUUGGCUGAGGCACGUGAUAUAACACUUUAUUUGAACCCUCUCACGAGACACUUCCAGCAACUGGAAGACACUGAGUUUUCAGAGUGCAAAGUUUUGUUAAAACCACUGCUGCACGUCGUUUGUUUGAUUUGGUCUAAUUCUCUAUAUUAUUGUCAUUCUGCAAAAUUGAUUGUACUCCUUCGUCAAAUAUGUAAUUUAAUCAUACAGCAGGCCAAACGCUUUUUGGAUCCAUCCUCUAUCUUUCAUACUGAUAUCGACGAGGCCAUGCAGAGAAUAUCCCUGUCGAUACAAAUUCUUAAAUAUUUUCGCACAGUAUACGAUGAAUAUAAGGAUAACAUUGCACCCUUCUUUCAGGAACGUCCCGUGGUAAACUGGACAUUCCAUCCUAAUGCCGUGUUCGAACGAUAUAAUGCUUUCCUUGAUCGAUUAUUCACCAUUCAAUGGUUUUUCAAUACCGUCAUUGAAUUUCUCAAACUGGAGAAAGUUGAAAUCGGUGGACUUAAAGGACGGGCGUUAAGUGCCCGAAUUACAGGUGUAUCUGUAGAGUUCAAUCAGUGUUUUUCACUAUUUGCUUCGAAAACCUACGACGUUCUCGAUCCCGACGAUCCUACGUUCAAGGAAGAUUUUCUAAAGUUCCAGGAUCGUAUCCUUGAGCUUGAUCUCAAGCUUGCUGCAAUCCUAUGCCAAGCUUUUGACGAUUGUCACAACUUGGAAAGUGUAUUUAAGCUAAUUAGUAUCGUUGGAACUGUGUUGGAUCGACCAAAAAUUAAAGAAGAGUUCACCAACAAAUACAGACAAAUUUUGGUAAUGAUUGAUGAAGAGCUCAGCACGUGUGAAAAUAUUUCUCAGCAGAUGGAACACUACCGCAAAGAAGGAUACAUUUUCGUUGAUCGUAGUGCACCGCCGGUUACUGCUGCUCUUCGUUGGGUGUUGCAGCUCACGAAUCGGAUCACUUCCCCCAUCAAACAAUUCCAAACAUUGCAGCAUCCAGUCGUGCAAUCCGACGAAGGUGCAGCGCUGAUUGCUCGUUUUGAUGUGCUGAUUGCUAAGCUGAAAGAGUUUGAACGAUCCAUUUUCGAUGGCUGGGCAAAGGAGGUGCCUGAAACUAUAGAAGCACAUCUAGACACGCCAUUGAUUAUACGGAAGAAAAACUCUCCCGAGCUUCUGCUUAACUUUAGCCCACAGCUGUUCGCUAUCCUGAGGGAAGUGCAUUACCUACGGCUAAUGGAAAAGGAAGACAUCCCACCGAGAGGCCUUGAGUUUUCGGACAGAAGUGAAAUCUAUCGAUCCUACACGCUUAACCUGGAAAAAACCGUCGAUUGGUAUAACAAGAUACGUAAAAAUUGCACCAAAGUUGAACUAGAGUUGAUCAAGGGUGAAAUCGAACACAUCGAUGCUCUGUUGGAGCGGGCGAUUCACGAACUUACCUGGAACUCGGAAGACAUUCAAGACUACAUGAUGCAAAUACGCGACCCGGUCGAGCAGUUGCAAAAGCGAAUGCAAAGCAUUCAAAACAAUUUACAGGAUAUUCGCACCACCAUGUCUGCCUGGGCAAAGCUACCUUUGUUUGAGCGGAAAGACUCUAAGAAGGACACGGUACUGUGCUUGGAGGAGCGUAACGAUCGUAAAACUAAACGCUACGCAGAAUUGGAGGCGGCGGCAGUCAAGGUUCAUCAGCUGCUUGACAUGAACUUGAAAUUGUUCGGAAUGGAGGAUGACCAGGAAGAUCCCAACUGGGUUGAAUAUGUGAAAUUUGUUGAUAACAUAGUGUACGAAAAUUUACUCUUCAUGAUUGGCAUUAGCAUUGGCUAUCUGGCCGAAAAUAUGGACGUAGGUAACAAUCUUGCACCGCUGUUUGAAUCACGCUUAGAGCUACUAGAGCCCCAACUAGUGUUUGUACCUUCACUGAAUCCAAAUGAUAUUAAUGGGUUUACUGCACUGCUAGCUGGGCUAGUUAACGAUAUAACGUACAUGUCUUCGCUGAUUCCGCGUUUGCUUAAAACGGCCAACAAAACAUACGAACAGAUCAUCACUAAGAACAACGAUAUACAGGAGAUGAAAGUGGAAAUUUUGCAAGGCGUUGAUAAAGUGAUACAAGAAGCAGCCGAGUUUUGCGGAGACUUUGAGCGCUACUCCUACCUCUGGCUGGAGGAUCGCGAGUACAGCAUGGAAACAUUCCUCGCGUAUGGCCGCCAGUUGGAAGCGGAUGAGAUUGAGCUGAUCAUCAAUAAAGAUCCGGAUGCGCCCAAGCCGUGCCCGCCAACAAUUGAAGCCUUCCGAGAGCAAAUUGAUCACUACGAGUCCCUCUACCAGGAAAUAGAAAAAAUUGAAUCUUUCCAAAUAUUUAACUCAUGGUUUCAAGUGGACGUGCGUCCUUUCCGGCAGUCUCUGAUGAAUAUCGUGCGCAAGUGGGGCAACAUGUUCAAAGAACAUUUGGUAAACAACGUUACCCAUAGCCUCACCGAUCUUGGAAACUUUAUUCGCAAGGCAGACGAAGGGUUGCUUCAGAUCGUGAAAGAAGGUGACUAUGAAGGAUUGGUUAACAUCAUGGCCUAUCUAUUGCACGUUAAGGAGCGAACUGCAACUACGGAUGAAAUGUUUGAACCGAUGAAAGACACCAUCGAGCUGCUCAAGUACUAUGAUAUGGAUAUUCCAGAAGAGGUUAACGUGUACCUUCAGGAACUGCCGGAGCAGUGGGCUAACACGAAGAAAAUUGCACUCACCGUCAAGCAGCAGGUAGCGCCACUGCAAGCUAAUGAGGUCGUCGGCAUACGAAAUCGGAUUGCCAUGUUCGAUGUUCAUAUUACCGUUUUUCGUGAUGUGUUUCGUACAUAUGAAUUUUUCAAAUACGAUUGCCUAGAACCGUACAUUCUUCUCGAUCGUAUCGAUGGCGAUGUCAAUCGGUUGGAAAAAGAUAUGUCAGACAUACAGGAAUCGGGUAGCUUGUUUGAAGUAUCUGUGCCAGAGUUUAAGUUGCUUCGCCAGUGUCGCAAGGAAAUGAAAAUGCUCAAGCAAUUGUGGGACUAUGUAUUCAUCGUCCGUACCAGCAUUGAGGAUUGGAAAACGACUCCUUGGCGAAAAGUGGACGUGGAAAACAUGGACAUUGAGUGCAAAAAGUUUGCCAAGGAUAUUCGCCUCCUCGACAAGGAAAUGCGCCCCUGGGAUACAUACAUUACACUUGAAUCGACGGUCAAGAACAUGCUCACUUCGUUGCGUGCCGUCGGCGAGCUACAAAAUCCCGCCAUCCGUGAGCGGCAUUGGAAUCAACUGAUGUCCUCCACAAAGGUAACAUUCAUCAUGGACAAAAACACAACCCUUUCUGAUCUGCUAGCAUUGAAUCUACACGAAUGUGAAGAAGAGGUGAAAAAUAUCGUCGACAAGGCUGUAAAAGAAAUGUCGAUGGAGAAAAUUCUACGUGACCUACAUUCUGUGUGGAAUGGUAGUCCAAAUACCAAAAUGAUGGAAUUUGAAUAUGAAACUCAUCUUCGAACCGGUUCCACCUUGCUAAAAGCAUCCGAGGAGUUGAUCGAAACGCUAGAGGAAAAUCAGGUUGUGCUACAGAAUUUAAUUACAUCUAAAUUCAUUGCACACUUCUUAGAGGAGGUGUCCGAGUGGCAGAAGAAGUUAACAACCGCUGAUCAAGUCAUUACGGUAUGGUUUGAGGUACAGCGUACCUGGGCCCAUCUCGAAUCAAUCUUUAUGAGCUCGGAUGACAUUCGAAUGCAACUACCAGUCGAUUCAGAACGUUUCGACAAUAUCGACGCAGAGUUUAAGAUAAUGAUGGAGGAGAUGGCUAAAAACUCCAACGUCAUUCAUGCUACCAACCGGGAGGGAUUGGUCGACAAACUAGACAACCUGCAGAGUCAGCUGGCAUUGUGCGAGAAAGCGCUGGCCGAGUACCUGGAAACGAAGCGACUUUACUUUCCUCGAUUUUAUUUUGUGUCAGCUGCCGAUCUGUUGGACAUUCUCAGCAACGGUAAUCGACCGGAAGUCGUGUGCAAACAUUUGACCAAAUUGUUCGAUUCGAUAGCUAAGCUCAAGCUAGAGCCCAACGAUGAUGGUCACAGCAAGAAAGCAUUGGGAAUGAUUGCAAAAGAUACUGAAUAUGUU